CUUACAGUUCUUCGAUAAAUCCUAUGCUGCAAUUAGAUUACUGUCUUCGUGUACUAAACCAGCUGUUGAUCUGUGAAUAACUUCAUUGAGAUGGUAGUGUCCAUAAAAUAGGGAAAUAAUAUAUGUUAUAACGUGCUUAAAGUAUAACGAAUAUAAUACUUACGUAUACAUUGUGAUUCAUAAAAUUUGAGCGAAAGAAGAAUCGAUAAAAGAAUAUGUUAAGUAAAGGAAAUCUUUUUAUAAAGAAUUUAGGCUGUACCAUAAGAACGUUGCACAAUAAAGCAGUUGUUAUUGGUAAUGUACAAAAUACCAAAUGUUCGACGUAUCAGGAAAAUUACGUUCAAAUGGAAUGUGCGGUGAAUAGAUUGAAAGGCACAAUUCAAAAAAUUGUAGAGGGUGGGAAACAAAAGGCGAAAGAGAGCCAUAUAAAAAAAGGAAAGCUUCUAGCACGAGAACGAAUUAAUACGCUUCUCGAUCCGACGUCCCCUUUCCUCGAAUUUUCUCAAUUAGCUGGUUACGAAUUGUACGAUAAAGAGGAAGUACCAGCCGGUGGAAUUAUUACCGGUAUCGGUAGGAUAGAAGGGACCGAAUGCGUAGUAAUCGCAAACGAUGCAACCGUAAAGGGAGGUACUUAUUAUCCGAUAACGGUAAAGAAGCAAUUAAGGGCUCAAGAGAUUGCGGAGGAGAAUAAUUUACCUUGUAUAUAUUUAGUAGAUAGCGGUGGCGCCAAUUUGACUAAACAAGCUGAAAUAUUUGCGGAUAAAAUGCAUUUCGGUAGAACUUUCUUUAAUCAGGCAAGAAUGAGCGCGAAAGGGAUCGCGCAGAUCGCGGUAGUAAUGGGAAGCUGCACAGCAGGUGGUGCAUACGUACCGUCCAUGGCUGACGAAAAUAUAAUCGUCGGCAAGGAGGGAACCAUUUUUUUGGCUGGUCCACCAUUAGUAAGAGCUUCCACGGGCGAAGAAGUGACCGCGGAUGAAUUGGGUGGCGCGAAUCUUCAUUGUCGGGUUUCCGGAGUAACCGAUCAUUACGCCGUAGAUGACAUUCACGCUUUGUUCCUAACCCGGCAAAUCGUGAAGGAUUUAAACAGGCAACGACCAAUGCACGUUAACGUGGAUAAAAAUGUGGAUGUACCGUUACAUCCCGUCGACGAAAUUUACGGAAUAGUCGGUUUGAAUUGGAAACAGUCGUACGACGUAAGAGAGGUGAUCGCAAGGAUCGUGGAUGGAUCAAAGUUUCGCGAGUUCAAAGCGCAAUACGGGGAAACAUUGGUCACAGGAUUCGCGAACAUUUAUGGUUAUCCCGUGGGUAUAAUCGCGAACAACGGUAUACUGUUUUCGCAAGGCGCGUUAAAGGGUACACAUUUCGUGCAGAUCUGCGCACAAAGGAAAAUACCACUUAUUUUUUUGCAGAAUAUUACAGGAUUUAUGGUGGGCAAAGAUGCCGAGGCCGGAGGCAUUGCCAAAAACGGUGCGAAAAUGGUGACUGCCGUGGCUUGUGCUCAAGUGCCUAAAAUUACAGUGGUAAUUGGUGGCUCGUUCGGCGCGGGAAAUUACGGUAUGUGCGGUCGGGCUUAUUCACCGAGGUUUCUCUAUACCUGGCCGAAUGCCAGAAUAUCCGUGAUGGGGGGCGAGCAGGCUGCCGAUGUACUCGUUCAAAUUAGCAAGGAUCAACGUAAACGCGAGGGGAAGCAGUGGACCGUGGAAGAGGAGAAGAAACUGAGGGAACCAAUACUGAGGAAAUUCGAAGAGGAGAGCAAUCCAUAUUAUUGCAGCGCUAGACUUUGGGACGACGGCGUGAUCGACCCCGUCGACACUCGAGUAGUGUUAGGACUCAGUUUAUCAGCGGCGCUCAACGCGCCUAUACCAGAAACUAAAUUCGGGAUUUUCCGAAUGUAACAUAAUUCUCGAUACGAUGGGAGGAAAUUUUGUGACCUGAAAUUAUGAAAGCACGAUCCAAUAUUCGUUCUCUUCUGCCCGAUAUUUUACGCCAAACACGUGUAAAUAUAUAUAUAUUUUUUUAUACAUUGUUCUAUCACACGAACAUUCCACAAAAUAUAUAUAUAUAUAGAUAAUACCUUUGUAUUGUUUCUAUGCUUAUUUUUAUUAAUCUUCUCUUCUCUUCUCUUUACUCGACUAAAAAAUAAAGACGCCUCUCCGAACGAAACGCUGAAUACGCGCGUUUCCACUUCGCUCUCUUACUUUUCUCUCUUAUUUUUUUUUUUACAUUUUAUGCGCGUAUAUUCUUCCUUAUUACAAUUAUUAUUGAGAUUAUAGCAGCAAUUAAUUCGCUUACAAUUGUCUAACAGUUAAGUGACAUCACGUUGUUACAGCUCGUCGCGCGACUAGGUCAUCCGACAUUCUCCGCUCGCAAAGGCCAACUUUUUCUUUCUGGUACGAUAUAGCGGCUGUAUUACUUUAUUCGCGGUUAUUCGCAGGGAAGCACAGUGGGACGAUUAAUGAAAAGAGUGGAGUGGAAAAAAAAAAAAUUUGGCGGUCGCAGAGCGGAGAAAUUUCUUGAGCAGUGAGUGCUUAAUAUUAAUAUCCAAAAUCUUAGCGAUCAUUCCCCCCUAUUUUUUUUUUUUCUCUUACGAUAUU